AUGGGCGCCUGGAACAUCUUUCGCAUAUUGGGGGACCUCCUCCACAUGCUCUCCAAGGGCAUCCUCAUCUUCGCCAUCCACCGAAACCGCAGCGCCGAGGGCGUGUCGCUCAUCACACAGGGCCUCUACGCCGUCGUCUUCUGCACGCGAUACCUCGAUCUCUUCCGAGAGCAGUCGGCAUGGAACGCCAUCUUCAAAGUCACAUACAUUGUCACGUCAUUCUACAUCCUUGCGGUGAUGCAAUGGCUGUUCCCCCGCUCUCGUGAGCGCGAGAUCUCCUGGAAGCUUGGCGCCAUUGUCCUCGGUGGCUCGCUUGCGCUUUCUCCCUUUGCAAUGCUCAUCUUCGAGUCGAAAUCUCGUUGGGGAUUCCUCACCUGGAUGUGGGUUUUCUCCGAAAUCCUCGAAUCCGUAUGCGUCCUGCCCCAGCUGUUGCUGCUGAGGCAGACCACGGUUCCAACUGUCAUCGACUCGUUCUACCUCCUGGCGUUGGGCUCCUACCGAGCUUUCUACUGCAUCAACUGGUUCGUGCGGGAGCUUGAUGUCAACGACCGACCCCCGGAUACCGUCGCCGUCAUCUUCGGCAUCAUUCAGACAGCCCUCUACAUCGACUUUGCUUGGGUGUACUAUACGCGACAGCGGGUCAAGCUCCGUGGCGGCGGUGUUGUCGAUGCCGAUGAUUUGCACCGAGGAUGGUUCCUCCACCGCAUCUUCGGUAAGAGCGCCCCGGCUGCCGAUGAUGAAGAGUCUGGCUUGGGAGGCGACGGCUCUCGUGGAGGUCGGGCGAGAUGGGGCGCCCGCGGCAUCUCUGUGAGCGCAGACGACGGCGUUCUUGAUAGUGGGCGACAUGAUGACGACCACCACGAGGGACUCGACCCUGACGCCAGGAUGCACGACCCCGAUGAGCUGGCCAAGGCCAUGGACGAUGACGAUGACGACGAGGACACACCACUGCGUGCUGGACAGAGUUCUUCUCAGGCGCAUAACAGCAACAACAGCACCCCUCCGGGCAUUCGGAGCGGAGACGAAUGGGCAGAUUGA